UUGUUUUGAUUCAGGAGCAUGGAACGUAAACACUACACGUCAAAUUCAGAAUAUCAGUGAUUUUUUUGUAAUUAGUGCGGUCCUUGUAAUUCCAUUAAAUUUUAUAGUGAAACCUGAACUAUAGUACACUUUUUAUAGUGGUUAAUCUUUUUAGCGGUGGUUUGUCACCAUGGCUGAAGUGGACUCUCUGUACAAUCAAACCAGUCGGCUCAUUCAGGAAACGCAAGAACACUUUUACAGAUUGGAUAGAGCCAAACAUUCCAUUCCAGAAUUUGAAGCAAUUGAAGCUGAGAUCAGGACUAAAGUGGACAUCAUUGCGAGAAAUUGCAACAGGUUAGAUAUUUUAUGCCACAAAGAGCCUGUCUCAAGGAGAAGACAUCUAAGCAUAAAGAUUGAACAGUUGAAGUACGAUCAUCGGCAUAUUUCAUCUGCUCUCCAGUCUGUGCGGUAUGAGUGGGACCGAAAUUUACAAGAGCAACGGCAACGGGAAGAACUUCUACAACAGAGUUUCACUUACAAUCGAAACUCAGAUGCAACAACGAUAUUAGUGGAUCAUUCAAUUCAUCAUCAAAAUUCUUUACAAAAUGCCAAUAGAGGAGUAGACGAUCUCAUCAGUUCCGGUUCCAGUAUUUUAGAUAAUCUACGAGAUCAACGCAACACUAUUAAAGGGGCUCACAGGAAAAUUCUGGAUAUCGCCAAUACUCUAGGCUUGUCUAAUACCACAAUGAGAUUCAUUGAAAGGAGGCGGACUGAGGAUAUGUAUAUUCUAUUUUUGGGCAUGUUUAUAACUUUAGUCAUUAUUUUUUUAAUUAUUUAUUACUUUUAAAAUGCCUGUCCUCGGCUGAUUUUGAAGGAAGUUUUUUCAAUGGGGCUCUAUUUGAAUUGGACGGAUUUGACACUAAUCACAUUUUACCUAACUGUAUUUCAUGUUGCAUGAUUCCCUCUCAUGUUUAAUUUUUUUAACAGAGAACUAGGCCAUGAAACUUCUUUAAACCCUCUACGAAUUUACCUGUGACUCUGAAGAGAGUGCUCAUAAAAUUUCAAGUUUCAAUUUUGCAGUGUUCUGCUUAAAAAAUUACAUGUAAGAGAAAAUAGGCAAUGUCUGAUUUUGUUAGGCUGAUUUAUUGACAAUUAAAUACAAAUUUGAAGGCUGCUUCAAUUUGUGAUCAGUGCAUAAAGACAUCUACAUUUUGUUUGUAUUGUCGGUAAUUCCUAUUCAUUUAUUUGUAUAAUUUAUAUAAUAGCAGGCGUAUCGGUAAAUCUGUAUUGUUACAAAAUUUAGUCUCAAGGUUGAACACUUGUUAAAAUUUUAAAGGCAUGUUAUUUGGUAAAUCUGCUGUCUGCAUUAAAAGGUACUGUUAAUUUUGCAA